GGUUUCAAUGAAUGGACCCCUCGUCGAGGCUCUUUGAGGCUGGCAGCUUGCGAGUACUGCGCAUGCGUUUGGGAAGCAACGAGGAGGAGGAGGAGAGGAGAGGACCCAAUCGCUGUGACGUGGCUGCCUCUUGCGCACGCGCAGUGGUCCGCGCCGGCGGUGAGGAGAGCAGCCUCUCCACCGCAUCCGCCUGUGUCGUCAGUGCGCGCGCGGGGGGCAUCUGGGGGCGGGGCCUCUGCCUCGGGGGCGGGCGCGCGGAGGCGGCAGAACGGCGUCGGCGGCAAACAGCAGCAGCAGCAGCGGCGAGGCUCGCGCUCCCUCCUCGCGCCGCUGAGGGAAACCCUUGCAGAGCUUGAGAUGAGGCUCGUGCUGGUGCUCCUGGUGCUCCUGCCGCUGCCUGAGGCGGGCGCCGCCCUCGCCGCUUCCUCCACGCCGGCCAGAGACGGGGCCCGAAGGGGAAGCAGCAGUGCCGGCGGCGUCGGCGGGGCUGCGCCGGCCUCCUUCUCUUCCUUCUCUUCCUCCUCCUCGUCCUCCUCUUCGUCCUCCUCCUCGAGGCCCCUGGGGACAGAUCCUUGUCAUUUAUUGAGCCCACCAUGUUUUACAGAAGAGGAUAAAUAUAGUCUAGAAGCUCUCCGCACAAUUCAUAAACAAAUGGAUGAUGACAAGGAUGGGGGCAUUGAAGUAGAUGAAAGUGAUGAGUUUAUCAGAGAAGAUAUGAAAUAUAAAGAUGCUUCCAACAAACACAACCACCUUCACAGGGAAGACAAACACAUCACAAUUGAAGAUUUGUGGAAACGGUGGAAGACUUCUGAAGUUCACAACUGGACACUAGAGGAGACUCUUCAGUGGCUGAUAGAAUUUGUUGAACUUCCACAGUAUGAGAAAAACUUCAGAGAAAAUAAUGUCAAAGGAACGACAUUGCCAAGGAUAGCAGUCAAUGAACCUGCAUUUAUGAUCUCUCAAUUGAAAAUCAUUGAUCGGAGCCACAGGCAGAAACUUCAGCUAAAGGCCUUGGAUGUUGUUUUAUUUGGCCCUAUUACACGACCGCCUCACAACUGGAUGAAGGAUUUCGUACUCACUGUUUCUAUUGUGAUUGGAGUUGGAGGCUGCUGGUUUGCAUAUACUCAGAACAAGACUUCAAAAGAGCAUAUCACCAAAAUGAUGAAAGAUUUGGAAAGCCUUCAGACAGCAGAACAGAGCCUGUGUGAAUUACAAGAGAGGCUUGAAAAAGCGCAGGAAGAGAAUAGGACUGUUGCUGUAGAAAAGCAAAAUCUGGAGCGGAAGAUGAUGGAUGAAAUCAGUGAUGCAAAACGGGAAGCAUGUCGUCUGAAAGAGUUGAGAGAAGGAGCUGAAUGUGAACUCAGCAGACUUAAGUAUGCAGAAGAGGAGUUGGUGCAGGUCCGUAUGGCCUUAAAAAAGGCUGAGAAGGAAUUUGAAUUGAGAAGCAAUUGGUCUGUUCCUGAUGCCUUGCAAAAAUGGCUCCAGCUGACUCACGAAGUUGAAGUACAGUACUAUAAUAUCAAGAGACAAAAUGCAGAAAUGCAGUUAGCAAUUGCCAAGGAAGAGGCAGAAAAGAUCAAGAAGAAGAGAAAUACUGUAUUUGGGACAUUACAUGUAGCCCACAGCUCUUCUCUUGAUGAAGUGGAUCACAAGAUUCUGGAAGCAAAGAAAGCACUUUCUGAAUUAACCACUUGUUUGAGAGAGAGACUCUACCGGUGGCAACAGAUUGAGAAGAUCUGUGGUUUCCAGAUCGCACAUAACUCUGGAUUACCAAGUCUGACUUCAUCACUUUACUCAGAUCAUAGUUGGGUGGUAAUGCCACGUGUUUCCAUUCCACCAUAUCCAAUUGCAGGAGGGGUGGAUGACCUUGAUGAAGACACUCCUCCUAUAAUUUCCCAGUUUCAUGGGUCUGUUGUAAAAACGAGCACCUUAGCAAGGAGCAGCAGCAUGUGUCGCUCCCGACGAAACGUCGUGCCAUCAUCGCCACAGUCGCAACACUCAGCACAAAUGCAACACACUCCGCAUACGCAAGCUACUUUGCACUCUGCAGAUCCGGACAUCCUUUCAGUGUCCAGUUGCCCUGCUGCUUACCGCACAGAAGAGGAGGAGGAGGCCAUUUACUUCACUGCUGACAAGCAAUGGUAUGAACCUUGGGAAGUACAAGAUACAGCCUCAGAAUGUGAUUCCUUCAAUUCUUCGGUUGGAAGGAAACAAUCUCCUCCUUCAAGCCUUGAAAUAUACCAACCCCUGACACCUCAAAAAAUAUCACGGGAGGAACUCUCUUUAGAGGAGUCAUCUACCGGAGACUCAACCUCCCUAACAGCUGAUAUUUCCAGGGGUUCCCCUGACUGUGUUGGCAUGACAGAAACUAAAAGUAUGAUCUUCAGUCCUGCAAGCAAGGUGUACAAUGGCAUUUUGGAGAAGUCCUGCAGCAUGAAUCAACUUUCUAGUGGGGCUCCGGUGCCCAAGCCUCGCCACACUUCAUGUUCCUCCACCAGCAGUGAAAGCAAAGCAGGUCACGAACCCUCUGCCGCCCCUCGGAUAAGUAGCACCUCACAAGACCUCUAUCAGAAUGGGGAACGGAACAAAAAGUCCUCCAAAAUAAAAAGUCUCUUUAAGAAGAAAUCAAAAUGAGGUGACUGGAGAAAAUGCUUAAGAGUGACAUUGUUAGACUUUCUUGUUGUUUUUUUUAACUUAAGAAUGUAGUUAUCAAGGUUUACCCAGCUUGGAUGCCACAGCCGGAAAAACCUCCUAGGUUAACGUCUCUUCAGUUUCAAACGACUUCAGAGUCAACUUGUGCCAGCUGUCAGUGAGAAAUUUGGUAUUUCAAGACAGUUGACAUUCAUUGGUCUAUUUAUUUCUGCUUCUUCUUUUUUAGUUUAUAUACAAAACUUUAAAAACAAACAAAAACCCCACCACUUUAACACAAGCUUUAACGGACUAGUAAGCCUGUGUGGGCUUGCCAAGGUUUUCUCUUGUUUACUAGAACAUCUUCUUAUCUUUCCACAGAAGUUAUGGCAUUUGCUUAGUGGACAAAAGUAACUUUUAAAUGAAGUAUACUACUUAAAUUGCACUACUGUUUUCCUGACUGGAAAGUAUCUUUACAAACAGAACUGUUUAGAUUUCUAAAAUGAUGGAAGAGAUGAGUUGGUUCAUUGUUGUUUUUUAGAUUAUUUUUUUUAAGAAGCUACCAUUUCUAACAGUUGAUUUCUGGAACUGGAACCCCAUUUCUUCUACAGAAUGCUUACUUAAAUGCAUUUAUUAUUAACCUAAUGGAUUGGGUCCUGUUGUAAAGAUCAUGAUUAUCCAGGCAGGGCUUUCACUGUGAUUUUACUGCAUUGCACAGGUUGUAUGGUAAGAAAAAAGACUUACCCGGAGAAGAGGCUUCUGAUUCCAUGUGCAAGUGAGAAGAUUCAAGACUUGAUUUUGAAGGACCUUUUAAGUCAUUCACAACCUUAAAACUGGGAUAGGGACAUCUGUGGGCACUUGUUUACAUACUUUGACAGACAACGGAUGUUUGAUUUGUGAAUAUUUGUUACUGUGGCAAAAAUAAUAAAUUGAAAAUAUUGUGCACUGA